AUGUGGAGGAUCCGGGCGCAGAAAACCCGGGCCCGCACAGAAAAACCCCGGGCCCCCACGCAGAAAAACCCGGGCCCCCACGCAGAAAAACCCGGGCCCCCACGCAGAAAAACCCGGGCCCCCACGCAGAAAAACCCGGGCCCCCACGCAGAAAAACCCCGGGCCCCCACGCAGAAAAACCCCGGGCCCCCACGCAGAAAAACCCCGGGCUCACGCAGAAAAAUCCGGGCCCCACGCAGAAAAACCCAGGCCCCCACGCAGAAAAACCCCGGGCCCCCACGCAGAAAAACCCAGGCCCCCACGCAGAAAAACCCGGGCCCCCACGCAGAAAAACCCGGGCCCCCACGCAGAAAAACCCGGGCCCCCACGCAGAAAAACCCCGGGCCCCCACGCAGAAAAACCCCGGGCCCCCACGCAGAAAAACCCCGGGCCCCCACGCAGAAAAACCCCGGGCCCCACGCAGAAAAACCCGGCCCCCCACGCAGAAAAACCCGGGCCCCCACGCAGAAAAACCCGGGCCCCCACGCAGAAAAACCCCGGGCCCCCACGCAGAAAAACCCCGGGCCCCCACGCAGAAAAACCCGGGCCCCCACGCAGAAAACCCCGGGCCCCCACGCAGAAAAACCCGGGCCCCCACGCAGAAAAACCCGGGCCCCCACGCAGAAAAACCCCGGGCCCCCACGCAGAAAAUGA